AUGAAUACAUUCUCAAAUGAUGGUAGCUUCUUGGAGCAGUUCUUGAAGAAGCAGAAGACUGGUCAUUCUGAUGACCCAGCUGCUGUUACUUCAAUACCAACAGCAGGUGUUACUACAGAUCAAUCGGCAGCAAUGACUGAUCCAUCGGCAAUGCAACAACAACAUGCUGUUGAUCCAAGUCAAUAUUAUCAAGGUUAUGACGAAUCAUAUUACAACGACCCAGCAGCAUACGCUGCAUACUAUGCACAAUAUCAACAAGCCUACGCAGCAGGUGGAGGUGGAGGAGGAGACUACUCACAAUAUGCUGGUAUGGGAGGCUUUGGUGCUUCUGAUGCAAGCUUUGGAAGAUCAGGACCAAGCUCAAUACCUUCAAAGGUGAUCUGGGCACAUAAUAUACCACAAGAUACCAAUGAGGACGAGAUUAGACAAGUGUUUGGAAUAUAUGGAUAUAUCAAGAAUGUCAAGUUCAACAUGUCCAAGCGCUACGCAUUCAUCUCGUACGCAGAGAUACAAUGCUCGAAGCAGGCACAUAAGGAGCUCAACGGACAUCAGAUGCGCGGUGUCACUCUGCGUCUCGGCUUUGGCAAUCAGGGCAAGGAGAUGCCCGGCCAGAUGUCCGAGCCCCAGAACCCGCCAUGCAGGAACCUCUGGAUUGGCAACGUGGCGUCCACUGUCACAGAGGGCAUGCUGAGGGAUGCCUUUGAGACAUACGGACCCGUGGAGUUUGUGCGCGUGCUUCAAGGACGCCAGUGCGCCUUUGUCAGCUACCACGACACUGAGACUGCCAUGCGCGCCAAGGAUGGCAUGUGCGGCUACAACUUGGGCGGUCUGAACCUGACCGUCAACUUUAGGAAGCAAGACGACAGGGAUAGAGACAGAGACAGAGGAGACAGAGGAGACAGAGGCGACAGAGGCGACAGGGAUCGCAUGAUGAUGAUGGGCGGCCCUGGCGGCGACAGAGAUAGAGAGAGAGGCGACAGGGAUCGCAUGAUGAUGGGUGGCGGCCCUGGCGGCCCCGGCGGCGACAGAGAUAGAUUCAGAGACAGAGAUAGAGACAGAGACAGAGACAGAGAAAGAGAAUUCAGGAACAGGGAUCAGAAUGGAAACCCAUUGCCUGUGCCGCCCCCAUCCAGUGCCGCUGCACAGACUAUUAUCGAUAAGAUGGCGAGCUUUGUCGCGAGGAAUGGUCCAAGAUUCGAAUCAUACACACAAGAGAAGCAGUUUGACAAUCCCAACUUUGAGUUCCUAAGGCCAUACCAUUCUCAUCACGAUUACUACCGCUGGAAGUUAUUCAUUAUUAAGAACCCAGAUGCUCAUUCAUCAGAUAAAGGACAAGCUGGCGAUCAAUUCGUUCCACCAACUCAAUUACAACAACAACAACAACAAAUGAUGCAACAACAACCAGAACAACCAUUCAUUCCUCCACCUCAACAAUCAUAUUUGAAUGAUCAACAAGUACAAGAAUUCAAGACAAUCCUUGAGGAGCUGACUCCAUCCAAAGGAUCAAUCACUGGAUGCAAGAACUGGAUUAUGGCACAUGUUCAGAAUGCACUGGAAAUCAUAUCGAUCAUUACAACGACACAUCAGAAGGGCGACCUGCAGUUCACUCAGAAGUUGAGCAUGCUGUACGCUUUGAACGAUGUGCUGCACAACUGCCUUCAUCGUAGAGAGGCAGGCGAUCAAGGCGACAUGUUUGCCAACGCCAUCAAAGACUACCUGCCCUUUGUAGUGGGCUCGACAGGCGCCGGCCAGAACGCCGAGAACCAGGACAAGGUUGUCAAGGUGCUCAGCAUCUGGGAGAAGGAGAAGAUAUAUCCAAAGGAUCUGAUCGACACGCUGAAGCUGGCCGCCACCGACGACACUCCGCUCGAUGCACAAUCUUGA